UGCCUCCUUCCAUCUCUGCACCUGUCAAGAUCCUUCAAAAGCCUUUCAAGAUCUCAUUUUCUUUAUUUUCGUGCACGUUUUCCGCCACUGCCUUCGCCAUUCGUUAGCUCCUUGCUUUGUCACUACUCUGCGAACUCAGACAUUCGUAUCAAGGGAUCCCUUUCCAGUAUUCACGAACGAAACAGCUAUGGCGUUCGCGGUUUCUAGCAUCCCGUCGGCUCAAGCCACAGUAGUCACAACUGCCAUCUCCUCAUCAUCACACAAGUCAGCAUCACCCGAUACUGUGUCGUUCACCUCCUCCUUCCUUCGCUCGCCGAAGCCUAUUCUGGCGGUCCGCUCUCGCAAGCCCUGCGUCGCCCGCAAGGCAUGCUCCGUGCGCGCCAUGGUGGCUUCUACCGACGCCGUUUCGUUCUCCGCCAAGGAGAUGGAGCGAGUCGCAGCGAAAGAGGCUCUCCUGCUUGCGGUGAAGGACGCGGGUGGCGCGGAGGCUCUGAGCACGGGCAAGGGAAAUGCGGCGGGGAAGAUCGAGGUCAGCGAGAAGCUGCUGCAGCUGGAACGACUCAACCCCACCCCGCGACCCACCACGUCGCCUCUCCUGGAAGGCAGGUGGGACAUCGUGUGGACGGCCACUCGCAACCCAGGCGUCAUCGCCACCCGCGUGCUGCUCAAGCGGUUCCCCACUCAGGUGGCAUCACUGGAGUCUCUGCAAGUGCAGAUCUUGGAGGGUGCCACUAAAGUGACGGCCGGUCUCAAAUUCCUCUCCGCGGCUGAGACAACGGUCACCGUUACAACUCGUCUAGCUGUGGAAGGCCCUGUCAGGAUUAAGGAGGAGUAUGCUGAAGCAGUGCUGGCCACUCCCGUGGUGGCAGAUGGCAGCAUCCCGUCAGCUCUCAAAGGCGUCGUUGAUCAGCUGGCAUCAGCGAGUCAAUCACUCCCUGCUGCUGUGAAGGAUGCCUUCUCAUCAGGCCUCAAGCUCCCCCUCAAUGGGAGAUACCAGAGGGAGCUCAUUAUCUCGUACCUUGACGAUGAGAUCCUGGUGGCUCGUGACCAGGCUGGCCUUGCUGAUGUGUUGGUGCGAGCUACCAGCACUACCACCACCAUCCCUUCAGGGGAUGAGUCUGAGAUAGAUGAGCCAACUCCAUGAAGCGAAACACCAGUGUAGUUGAAUGGAGUGCUGCAUUUUACCAGCCCUUUCUCUCGUAGAUUGGUGUAUGAUGACUGCCAUGCCGUGUACCCGUAUCCAUUAGUGAGGCCUGUACACGUCAUGAUAUUAACUCUGUCAAGAAUGUGCAUCCAUAAUAC